AUGGCCAGGAACCAACAGGAAAAGACCUUUCUUCCUCAAGUUCUCCACCAGUCACCCCCCCUACAGCUGGGAUGGGGCGUGCCUUUCUCCCACGGGAAACCGAAAGGCCAGGAGGAGUGCGCCUCCCUCUCCAGCGUGCCUCCCGCCUUCCACUUCAGCCCGCAGCACUGCGCAGACCUCAAGAACCAGUAUUUUAAAAAGGCGGCUUCCCACCUCACCUUCUCUCAGGAGGUGGUGUGGCAGCGAGGGCUAGCCAGCGUGCCUUACAACCAGUACAACUUCCAUCACCUCUACCGCCCAGGCAGCAUCGUCCAGCCUCCCCCCAUCAGGAAGGCCCGGCCUGAGAAACCUGUCAGGCUCGGGUUCUUGGAUUCUUCAAGUCCCUCAGCAAGGGUGACCUCCCCGGCUGAGAAACCAAGAAGCCCUACCUUCUUUAGGAAGAAGAAAAAGAAGUCGGUGAGCACAGGCCGGGAGAAGUCUUGCUCGCCCAUCCCUCAUCCCUGUCAGGUGCCAGAGCUCCUGAGCCCGCCGCCUACGCCAGAUCUGAACCUGGAGAGGGAGACCUGGCUCCCGCCCCACGAGAAGGAGGCCAGGGCCUGGGAGGCCAUCGUGCUGGGGAAACUGAACAAGCGCACGGCCCGGUGGAUCCAGAACAAGCGUCCCCUGAGGCCCGGGGUGUCCCCCAACAAGUGGCAGAGCUUCCUGCGCCACCAGUACGACUGGAGCCACAUCCGGGACGAGCUCAGCUCCGCCAGCGACCUGGAGCUCUUGAAAGAACUGGAGGAAGCAGAGAUGGCAGACUUUGAGGAGCCAAGGGUCAGCCUGCCCGCCGAGGAGGAGAAGAAGGAGCCAGAGCUGCUGCUUCCGGUUUAUUACAGAUUGCCCAAUUAUUCGCCUCAAGAGCAAGGUGUUGAAACAAUGUCUGACAACAAGACCGCAGAAUACAUUGAUGAAGAGAAAAUGAUCAGCCAGUCCCCUACACAGAGCUACAUCCGGCAGGUGACUCUCCGAGCUGGGAAGCAUGCUUACUCCACCGACAACACCUUUGCACAGGAGAUUUACUUUGAUAAAGUCCAGAUCGUCCACAAGAUUGGUGCACAGAGAGACCUAAUUUUCCUGGAGAAUCUCAACCGGUACCAGAAGCAGCUAGCCAAGGUCUUCCCUGAAACCCCAGAAAGGUGGUCUUCCCAGCCAGUUCCUGAAGCACCUUGUAGGCCCGUAAAAGGAGCCCCGCGCUGGGCUGCUUUGCCCAUCCCGGCCAAAGACCUGCUCAUGCAGGGGAGUGAGGACGUGAUCAGUAAGACCAAGAAAAUGAAGGUGCAGGCGGACUCCCUGAAGGAAGAUGUGCCCUGGAAACUGCUGGUCCUUCGGAGGAUGCUGCAGGAAUGGAGGACGGCCUGGGCUCUGAUCAUCGAGUGGCGCCACAAGACGAUAGAGGGUCUGCUGCGGAGCUUGGUGGACAUGCAUGAUGACAUUCGGAUCCAAGCCAUCGCCACGUGUGCCACCGCGGCUUUAGAACGGCCCCGGAUUGCCAAGGCGCAGGAGGACCCAGACAAGAAGACUGUGGAAGCCCCAUCGAUCCAGGACUUGCCAGAGGUCCUACUCCCGCCUCUGGAGGCUGCUCUUGGCGACCAGAAUUUCAAUGUGCAGAUGGCGGCAGCAGUAUGCCAAUAUGCUUUACAGUCACAUAAUCCCCUUGCCCGGGAGAUCAUGCAUACUGCCCUUAUGAAAGGUAAUAACGUGGACAGCUGGGCUGCAGCUCAGUGCUUGGCUCUGGAGGGUGUGGACAUUUACCCUGUGAUUAAGAGGAUCCUCUAUCAGCUGUUUAACAAGAAGAAUGAGGACACUGAACACCAGGCUUGCCUGCUCCUGAGUCAUCUCAGUGGGAAGAUGACCCUGAUACACACCAUGCUUGCUGUGGAGCUGAAUAGCCAUCAAUGGAAGGAUCGGGUUGUGGCCUGCCGGACUCUUUCACGAGUUAGUGGAAAUGUCUGUUUGGAUAUGAAACAUAAGUUGAUCCAGCUGAUGUGGAAUGACUGGAAUAAGGAAGUAAGACAAGCAGCUGCCAAAACUCUGGGGCAAAUGCAUCUUGGGAAAGAGCUGCAUGAUACCAUCAGAAUCAAGCUGAGUCUAGGAAAUUCCCAAGAGCGUGUGGAAGCCCUGUCACUGAUUGGUGGACUCAAGCUCAUGACCGCCAAGCUUUUCCCAGGCUUCCUAAACUGCUUCUCUGAUGACUUCAUGGCAGUUAGGCGAGCAGCCUGUUUGGCAGCAGGUGCCCUGCAGAUCCGUAACCCAAUGGUUUUUAAAUGCCUCCGGAAUCUGAUACAGAAAGAUCCUUACUGGAAAAUCAAGGCCUUUGCCCUUCGAGCUUUGGGACAGAUUGGCCAAGUGAGUCCCCAGCUGACAGACCUCCUGCUCUGGGCUGUACACUAUGAAAGGUCUGCAGGUGUGCGUCUGGAAGCCUGCCGUAGCAUCCAAGCCCUCAACCUUCAAGGGGACCGGAUCAGGAACACCUUCCUAGAUGUGCUGCUCCUAGAAAAACAUGAUGCUGUUCUAAAGGCAAUUCUCCAGGCAAUGAAGAUACUCAAGUUAGAAGGUAAAGGAAAUCAAGAAAUGGUUCAGCGGGUCAAGAACAAGAUUCAAACACUGAACCAAAAGGACUUGCUGACGCAGAAAAUAUUCAAGAUAGAGGAGGACAUAAAAAAAGUAAAGGGAGAAGCAAAACAUAUUUACUUGCAACCCAAAGAAGGGCAAAAACCAAUGAAACUCCAUAUUUUUCUUCAAGAAACUUUUCGUGAUGUGGUGGUUCCUACAAAAUCAUCUGAGUUUCCUGACACUGCAGCAGUCCUAAAGGUAAACACAUAA